GCUAAUCAACAUUACACACUGUAUCACUUGCCUGUUCACACUUUAACAGAACGAGAAAAACGAUCGCUUUUAUUAUCAACUCACGAUAUUUGAUAGUAAAUGAUUUCGCAGAUGAACUGUGAAAUCUUACCAAACUACCGUUAAUCCAAUUAUUUUAGUAGAAAAAUAACAAAUCGCUGAAGAAAAUAUGUUGACAAUUUGUAAGUCAAAAUUUUGACAGCAUGCAGUUGCGUUCUUUCAAAAAUGGACAGCCAUGAACAGCUGUUCGAAUCGGUUGAACGUGAACCGGUUAUUCCGGUAGUGUGGGUGCUGCUGUUUUGUUUAAACAUUUCUGCAAAUUCAAUUUUAAAACAAUCAUUCAAUAAUUAUUACUCCAGCAAUGGAGGAACAAACGAUGCCGGUUUUCAAAAGGAUGACUUUAGCCCAGACCAAUCCCAUUGCGGGCAAUAAAAAACGAAGCUGGAAAUCACUGAAACAAAUUUUAGCCUACGAACGCACACUCCCUUGGAAGGAAUCUGAUGUUACUUACUCGUCGAUUAAUGGUCCACCAUCGUUUGUGCCGGCGAAAAAGUAUUCCGACAUAUCCGGUCUAAUCGCUCCCUACACUGAUCCACAUUCUAAGCUGCACUAUCACAAUGCGGAAGAAUUCCAAACUGUACGUAGCCUACCGAUGGACAUUACGGCUGGUUUCUUGGCCCUGCGAGGAGCGAGUAGUAUAGUUUAAGAGGUAAUUGGUUUUUAAAUCUAAAAUUGCAUUUUUUUUGACUGAAAACUAAAUGUAAAAUCUUUUAAUAAUAAUAAUAAUUUCUUAGUUUGAACAUAACAAAGAAUUGUCAAAUAAUUAAGUUUUUAUCGAUAUUUUCUCGAAUUAAUAUUAGCUAUAAAUCAAAACUGAUACAAAACAGCAACUCAUGACAAUUAUUAAAAUAGAAAUAACUACAUCUUGUCCAAUGUGUUAUAUACACUUUUC